AUGUACAUAGAGAGACAGCCGCUGUUGCUGGUGCUGCAAGAUGUCAUGUUCCAGGGUUUAGAGUUUGGUGCCACGGGGAUGUUAGGUUCACUGGCCCAACUUGUAGCGCCGUGUGCCCACAAGAUACUCUCGGGCCAGCGAGUGGAGGAUAUGCAGCACGUGGUACAGACCAUUCAGUACUGGGGCGGCCAGGGCCUCUUCAACCCACAGAUG